CUGGCCGGCUUUUGUCCCAUCACUAACUGUCUUUGGAAUUGUGCAACCCGGAAAAUUGUCAAAAUUUAAUUCGUCCAAUAGCUACUAAAUUCACUGCACGUCGACUCACCCAGUCGUCAUCCAAUAGAGUCUCAACCAAGGGUUUCGAUUAAUACGCGCCGCAACGCGUUCAAUUGGCCCGAGUUGAACCGACCAUCCGAAGGAGCUGAAAACAAAUGCAAAAACACACGUUUCCCGAGUUUCCCCUUGUUUAGAAUGAAUUGAUUUUUGUGGCACAACAACGACACCGGUCGACUCCAGUUGGAAAAACAAACACCAGACGUUGCCCGUGGCAGCAGGCAAAGAGCAACAAGUCUCACCACACACACAAUCCCACACGGUUUUCAUUUGUUCUGACUUGGUUAUAUAUUUUUUUUGGAAAUUCGGACCACAUCUCGGUUGAAAAUGCUUGUGCAGAGGCUAUGCAUGCGUGCAGUUCACACAACCCGGCAGCUGUGCGCCGGGGCCAGUGCCGGAACGGGUCUGGAAAAGAGUGCUCUGGCUGCUCUGCGAAAGAAGACAGGAUACACUUUUGCCAACUGCAAGAAGGCCCUGGAGAUGCACAACAACGAUGUCAGUCUGGCAGAGAAAUGGCUGAACGAUCAGGCGCAGUCGAUGGGCUGGACAAAGGCCACCAAAGUGGCGGACCGGGCAACCGCCCAAGGUCUCGUCGGUGUUCUGAUCCGAGGAAACCGCGGAGCCAUGGUGGAGCUUAACUGCGAGACUGACUUCGUGGCCAGGAACGACACCUUCAAGCGGUUUGUGGAUCACGUCGCUAGGAUUUGCCUGCACUACACCGACAUGACAGACUUCGAUGGCGAUCUGUGGAAGCUUGGGUUCGACGGAGACGCCUUGAAGAACCUUCGCACGGACGAAGGGCGCACCCUGGGCGACCAUCUGGCCCUGUUGAUCGGGGCUAUGGGCGAGAACGCCUCUAUCCGGCGAGCGUUGUGCUUCAAGGUCAACAACGAUCUGCGAUUGGCCGGCUACGCCCAUCCCGCACCCACCAAUGUUGGCUCUACCGAAGGUAUCACCCAGGUGGGCAAGUACGGAGCCGUCGUAGCCUACCGGUCUACACACAAGCUACUUGACUUCGAAUUCCACAAGAGCAUCUGCCAGCAGAUCGUCGGCAUGAAGCCGAAGAAGGUGGGCGAAUACGAUAAGGACCAGCCGAACGAGAACAAGGACGAAGAAACAUGCCUUAUUCAUCAGGAGUACCUCCUGGACGCCGAUAAGACGGUGGGUGAGGCUCUGCAGGAGCACAACUGCGAGAUCGUCGACUUCCAUCGCUUCGAGUGCGGCCAGCAGUUGUCCGGAGGACUCAACCUGGAGGAGUACAUCCGGUCGCAGAGCAGCAACUAACUGGAAUCUAGUCCCUAGCCAACUGAAUUGUUAUAAGCACCAGCCGAAGAUUGUUAACCCCCAGUUUCUGAGCACAGUUCUGGUCUAAAUUUGCAUGUGAAACAGUUUACCAGUACAAGUACACCAACCUGAUGAUCAGA